GGUGCAUUAAUAAAUACAAAAUGAAUACAAAAUAGAAGCUAAAAAUAAUAUAUUAAUGGCAAAAGCUGGUGAUGAACCAAUUCCUAUUUGUAACUUUUAUAUCAGAUUCAAUGGAGGAAACUUAUAUGAAACAAUGAGAGAAAGAAAAUUCCAAUGCUGAACUAAAGUAUUACACAAUACCAAGUAACUACUGAGGUAAUAGAUGCUGUGCAUUUUCCGUAUUGUGGCUCAAUGGUGCCCCCUGGUGUUAGAAUCUUGCUGCUAUCCUAAAAGUUACAAAUUAUCCUGUCCACUUCUUUUACACUCUAUCUUCUCUGUUUUGGUACCACAGAGGCACUGAAUACAGACAACUCAUAAUCAAAACUAAAGACUUGAACCAAAUGAUCAAUGACAUUACUGUCUGAAUAUCACAUUAUGUAAAAUAGUGUUUUCGUCAAGCAAUUUCAGUGCAAAUCAGGCAUCAUAUUAUGAAACCUGUGACACUACAGCAUCGGUGCUACCAAACAUAACUUAACAGUGAUUCAUAAUACUGUUUCUCAUCUGGUGUUAAGGCUACCCAAGUAUGCGUCUUUAUGCCAGCUCCGAAUCCCAGCAUGCAUCAUUUCAGAGCCGCUGAUGGGGGCCGGACAUCAGAACCCAAAGAGCCUACAGGAGAGAUCCGGGGUGGCGUCUGGAGCUGCUGCUUGAAUUUAGUUCUAAGAGAAGCAGUUUUAUCAAACUGCAAAGUGAUGUUGAGAAAAAAAAUAACUGAGCACUGAGAGUUAUAGACAUAGUUUGGCUAUGCCAGCCUUCAAAACAAUACUUAACAAAGAAGCUCAACUGAUUAUUCACUAAUUCCUAAAAUGAAAUUAAAUGUUUUCAGCUCAAAUGAUGAGUUUGUUGUGGGAGUUUUUGUGUAGAUAUAAAACAGCUGAAGGGUUGAGGGUUUGAAUCUUGCAUCCACUCUGUGCGUUUGUAGACUUCUCAGUUUCCUCCUGCAUUCAAAAGACUUGCAUUUGGAGUGAUUAUCACAUCCAAAAUGGCUCUAGUGAGUGAGGCCGUAGGUGCCCUUUUGUUAAACUGGCAUCCCAUCUAUUAUGUACCACUGCCUUCUGCCCUCUGUUAGCUAGGAUAUGCUGCAGGUGCACAGCAGCCCUAUCCAGGAUAAACAUCUGGAAAAUAGAUGGAUAUAAAAAUGUCAUCUUUGACUAUAUACUCUUCUUUUAAAUGUCGUGUAUAUUUGUAUGCUAUGCAUAUAAAUGCAUUAUGCAAUUUACAUAUGUAACUAAAACUCUUCCACUAAUAAAAUACUUUCAAUGUUAUCCCCCUGCAUUGACUAUAUUAUUCAUUGUGUAAUUUUCAAAGGUUGUGUGUCUAAUACUAAAGAUGUUCAUUAUGUUUGUAACACUCUCAGUGUAAAUAACAUUUUACACAUCCGUAUUUUUAAAAUGAAGGAGACAUUUCCGGAUACAAUGCGGUCGAAAAGGUCUGAGCUGUAUUCCUUCAAAAAAUGAAACAGGAGCGCUGUCUCUGCCGGGAAAAAAGGCAUCCCUGAAAAAGUGAUGUGGCCAGGACAGUGUACCACAACUAUUAUUAGGCGCUGUCAAGUCAACUCCUGCCGACCUUAUCGACGUCACUCCUCCACAAUGUCCGUUGUUCUGUCUCGGUCUUCAGCCAUCCCCAAGGCACAGGACAGUGUACGCUAAUCAUAUUCAGCAGUAUACAUAAACGAACUGAGAAACUAAGUCCAAAACUUCAGAGAACUUUUAAGGCAGCUUGUUUAAAGCGAGAUCGCUUGCUAUAAUUCCUGAUUAUUUUAAGUGGACCAGCUGAUGCCGCUCCUCCUUGCGUUUUAAACAGCAUACGUUCAAAAACAAUCCAUGCGAAGAACAAAGAAACAGCGGCGUGUGCGCCUGCGCACUGGUGCACAAGUACCCACAGGUUCCGGCGUCAGUUACCCGUAGGGGGAGUAUUGCAGAAUUUUGGCACGCGAAACCAGAGAUUCCCGAAUGUAAAAAUCAGUGUCUUCGGCAUCUGCGAGCCGAGCGUUUCCGGAAUCAGCCGAUGUUCUCCGAACCGUCCGUCCUGCCGGACUGCUGGAGGCGGCCGCAACGCCAUGUUGAGCGAAAUCUCUCUUCACACUGAAAGGGAACUUUUGAAAUAACACUUUAUUGAAACUGAAAAUUACAAAAUCGAAGUAGGGAGGGGGACGCUGGUGACAUUCCUUCGGACAGCAAAGCCGAACCCGGAUCCGUGGAAGCCCCCAUCGGGGAGGGGGAGAGACAACCCCCCGCCGUCCUCAUGAAGACUGAACCCCAAUAAACGUAGCUAGCUAGCUAGCUAACUAGCUAGCUUGUGUUGCAUUAAAAGGGCAUUUUAUUCGUAUCCCGGCUUGCCACCGGGAGCCGAUAAGGCCUAGUCCGGGAAGAUUCUUGUUCGCUGUAUAUUAGCUCACUCGCUAGCUAGUUAGCUAGCUAAUGUAUUUGUUAUUUUUAGGCGUCUGUGGUAAAAGUUAGCUUAUUAUCAUUAUUGUAUAUACUUAGCUGAAGAUCACGUUUAAUUUUUUUGCAAUGAGUUUGCCGCCGAAAGCGGUACCGAAGUCAGCCGCCCCCGCCGUAGGAAGUGGACCGGGAACCGGCCCGUCUCCGCCGAGCUUGCUGCGGGGCACCCUGAACCCUGUGCCGCUGCCAGGACCCCCAGUAGCCCAGCAGCCGCCCUCGGUGCCGCCGCCGCAGAUCCCCCGACUGCAACCUCCGCUAGAGGAGCGACUGUACUCUGCACAGCCAGGCGUGACUGCCGUCUACAACGUGAACGUGUCGCGACCCGCCGGCCCCCCGUACACCGCACACGACCUCACCAAAGGGCAGCCUAACCUGGCAGCCACACCCCCUGGCCACGCGGCGUCCCCGGGACUCUCUCAGCCUCCCUACUCCUCUGGACAGAAUGCUGGCCCUGCUUCGCUGGUAUAUUCUCCCCCAACGCAGCCGCCCAGUCGCUCGUUUCAAGCUGGCCCUCGUCCAACACACCACCAGGGAGGAUUCAGACCCAUACAGUUCUUUCAGAGGCCACAGAUGCAGCAAGCCAGGCCCACCCUCUCCAGCAACAACCCCGCCCUCCGCCCAUCGCAGCCUCCUGGGCCGGCUGUCUAUACCGGCAACCAGCCCAUCAUGAUGACCAUGACGCCUAUGCCCUUUGCGUCGCCGCAGGCCCCACAGUACUACAUCUCCCAGUAUCGCCACCCCACCCCCUAUGUAGGACCCCCCCAGCAGUACUCUGUGCAGCCCCAGUCGCCAAGCACGUUCUACCACAGCCCUGGGCCUGGGGAUUUUACGGGGCCAUACUCGGGGCCUUCUUACUACCCCAGCCAGACUGUCUUCACCCCCUCCCCCCAAAUCAUAGUGCCUACACCACAGCAACCUCCACCCACCAAGAGAGAGAAGAAGCCGAUACGUAUCCGUGACCCCAACCGGGGCGGUAAGGACAUCACAGAGGAGAUCAUGUCGGGAGGGUCCGGGAGCCGAACCUCGACGCCUCCUGCUGGGAGGCCCUCCUCCACCCCGACGCCGCCGCAGAUGAGCGGCCAGACGCUGGACCUGGGGCACGUCCUGUACGGCACGGACCCUGGCCAGCUCGUAACUUCAGUUGUCGACUUGAAGCCAGUCGACGACAAGCCAAAACUGGACUGUGUCGUGCAGAAGCCCCCCUCGCCCGGGAUCGCGCUGCCGGAGCUGCCCCCUGAGAAGAGGGACCCUGACUUGCCACCCGCAGCGAGCGUAGAGCCCAUCUUCCCCAGCAUGGCUACCACUUCUGUCGGUAGCCACAGUCAGCCGGCGUCCGUGGGGGAGCCGGCCGCUCCCGUUCCUGUUCCCGUUCCUGUUCCCGUUCCGUCUCCUCCCGCAGCCCCCGAGCUCUCAGAGCCAGUGGGGCCCCUUCCAGAGCUGGUGCCAGUCGUGCCGGCUGUCAACGGGCUGACCGAUCGGGAUGUUGAUCUCGACCUCCGGAGCUCGGAGCUCGUGGCGCCUCCCGCGCUCCCUCAGGACCAGCCCCCGCCGGAGGCCCCGUCUCCCAGGCCAGACCCCGUCGAGACCCGGGUCGAGGGUGUCGCCAUCAGCGCAGGCUCCGCUGCACCCCCAGCCGCAGCUGUCCUGCCGGUCACCCUCACCGCCGCUGUCGCUGCUACCUGUACCGCUGCUGCUCCCCCACCCCCACCCGGCCUGCUGCCCCCCGUCCAAGCCGAGCCUCCCUCCGCUGUCACGGAAACCAGCGAGACAGACGUGGUGCUUAAUGACAAAACGGACCCUGUGCAACUACCCAACUCUAGGAAAAGCCCCACUACAGCUCUACCUGCUCAGACUGUACCAAAGACCUGGGCCAGACCGAGGGAGGCUCCCCCUGCAGGAGACGCGCCGGACGAGGAUCCGGAGCCCAGCGAGCCACCUCUGGAAGCACCCAAGCAGGACGUGACCCAUGGGCCAGCCCUGGAGGCGGAGCCCGAGCCAGAACCGGAUGUGGUGCACGCUGAUGCCCAAGACCCGGAGGCGGAGCGCGGGGGCCUUCUGCCAGAGGAGAACGGGGAGCGGGAGCCAGAGUGCGAUCCCCUGGGGAAUGGGGCGGGGCACGCUUCAGAGACUGAGAGCAGUGACAGCGGGGUCACCUUGGGGCUUCCUGCGGACGUCUUGCAGGAAGAGCCGGUGGAGGUGGACGGGAAGAGGCAGUACGGCAGGGAAUUCCUUCUGGGCUUCCAAUUCAUGCCAGCCUGUGUGAAGAAGCCAGAGGGGCUCCCCCCCAUCUCUGAUGUGGUGCUGGAUAAGAUAAACCAAAGCAAGCAGUCGUCACGGCCAGCAGAUCUGCGUGUCAUCUCACGGGGCCCCGACUUCACCCCAGCCUUCGCCGACUUCGGCAGACAGGGUUCCGGCGGAAGGGGAACGCCGCUGAUGAACGUGAAUCUGAGACGGCCUCCGCCACGCAAGAUUAUCACCAACGUGUCUGUGAACGAUGAGGUGCAGCUGAAGAAGGCGGAGAAUGCGUGGAAGCCUGGCGUGAAGAGGGAAGGGCCCGCGGAUGAACCGGAUGCCCUGAGGACGCAGGAUCUCUUCCGCAAGGUGCGCAGCAUCCUGAACAAGCUGACGCCCCAGAUGUUUAAUCAGCUGAUGAAGCAGGUGACAGACCUCACCAUCGACACGGAGGAGCGGCUGAAAGGCGUUAUCGACCUGGUCUUUGAGAAGGCCAUCGACGAGCCCAGCUUCUCGGUCGCCUACGGCAACAUGUGCCGCUGCCUCGCCACGCUCAAAGUGCCGAUGGCUGACAAGCCCAACAACAGCGUGAAUUUCCGUAAGCUCCUGCUCAACCGCUGCCAGAAGGAGUUCGAGAAGGACAAGGUGGACGACGACGUGUUCGAGCGGAAGCAGAAGGAGCUUGAGUCGUCUGCCUCAGCCAGUGAGAGGGAGCGGCUGCAGGAGGAGCUGGAGGAGGCCAAGGACAAGGCCCGCCGGCGCUCCAUCGGCAACAUUAAGUUUAUCGGGGAGCUCUUCAAGCUGAAGAUGCUGACGGAAGCCAUCAUGCACGACUGCGUGGUCAAGCUGCUGAAGAACCACGACGAGGAGUCGCUGGAGUGUCUCUGCCGACUGCUCACGACCAUCGGCAAGGACCUGGACUUCGAGAAGGCCAAGGUAGAGCGAGCCGCCGUCACAGAGCUCACACAUAGGCGACGUGGGCAGCCCCGGGGGAUGCUCCGUCUCUGUGCCGAGCGCCGGCCGGACCAGCGGAAGGAGCAGGAACGUGAGGAGCUGAAUGCUGAAAGGCUGCUGGCCGUGGGACCAACGAUAGAUGACAAGAUCCAGUUGGGGCCGCGGGCUCCGCUCAGCUGGGUGAAGGGCAGCAGUGGAGGAGCAGGGGCCAAAGCCACAGAAUCAGAGUCGCGCUCCAGUGCGAGCAGCCUGAACCGGUACUCCCUGCCCCAGGCCUCCGUCCCGCCACCCAGCUCCUCACCUUCGCUCACGCCAGACCUCGACGCCCGGAGGAGCCUCAGCAGCCGCAGCUCUGCACGCGAACGCAGCGACAAGGUGUCGAGUCCGACAGCGACAGUGGCUGCGCGGGUGACCCCCAUCCCCCGGGGCAGCGGGGGAAAGGAGCCGGCAGAGAGCCCGGUCCCGGAGGAGCCGGUCAGGGACGCGCCGGCCGCCCCCAGGCUUCCUGCUGCAUUGACUGUAGGGGAGAAGGCUGAUGUGGAGAGCGGGAGGCCCCCCAGGGAAGCAGGCCAUGGUGCUGCAGUGAAACCUGAGGCUUCUCAAGACAAGGCUCUCCUGUCAGAGGAGGAGAUGGAGAGAAGAUGCCGAUCGAUCAUUGAUGAGUUUUUGCACAUUAAUGAUUACAAGGAGGCGGUGCAGUGUGUCACUGAGCUGGAGCAGGGCCCUCAGCUCCAUGUCUUUGUGAGGGUGGGUGUUGAGUCCACGCUGGAGCGCAGCUAUAUCACCCGCGAUCACAUGGGCCAGCUCUUCUUCCAGCUGGUCAACACUGGGGCCCUCCCCAAGGUCCACUUCUUCAAAGGGUUUGCAGAAACCCUGGAGGUGGCAGAUGACAUGGCCAUCGACAUCCCCCACAUCUGGCUGUACCUGGCCGAGCUGCUCAACCCUAUGUUCCGAGCCGGUGCCAUUUCCCUGAGGGAGGUGUUUAGUGAAUUUAGCAGACAUUUGCUUCCUGUGGGAAGAGCUGGGAUAUUAUUUUCUGAAAUAUUGCACCUUCUAUGCAAACAAAUGAGCCAUAAAAAAGUGGGAUCCCUGUGGGGGGAAUCUAGCCUGAGCUGGGCGGAGCUUUUGCCCGAGGGAGAGGACGUUCGCGACUUCAUCGCUGACCACAAAUUAGAAUUCACCAUCUCGGACUGUUCCAGUCCCACAGAAGCCCUGUUGAAGGGAGAGCUUUCGGCUGAGGAACUCAGUCUGCGACUUGAAAAACUGCUCAUUGAGGACAUGGCGGGUGACGAGCAAAUCUUUGACUGGGUAGAGGCAAAUUUGGAUGAGUCUCAGAUGAGUUCGCCUGCAUUCCUUCGAGCUUUAAUGACAGCCGUGUGCAAGGCUGCAGUGAAAGGGGAGAGCACUUCCUGCAGAGUGGACACUACUAUUAUUCAGAAGAGAUUGCCUGUGUUACUCAAGUACCUUAACUCAGAUACCGAACGGCAACUUCAAGCACUUUAUGCACUUCAAGCAUUGAUAGUCAAACUUGAUCAGCCUCCCAACUUGCUCCGGAUGUUCUUUGACUGUCUUUACGACGAGGACGUGAUAUCGGAGGAUGCUUUCUACAAAUGGGAGACUAGCAAGGACCCUGCGGAGGAACUGGGAAAGGGCGUGGCCCUCAAAUCAGUCACCGCCUUCUUCACCUGGCUGCGGGAAGCAGAGGAGGAAUCAGAGGACAACUGAUGCAGAGAGCAAGUCUUCAGCCAUGAACGCGGAAACCUGUCAACGGAAAACAAAAAUAUGCAGAGAUGCGAGGGCUUGGUCGUCAUUAAUCGUAUGGUACGGCUCUAAGGCGACCAGCAGCUCGCUUGACUUGGGCUGGCUGGAGCAUCAUAUACGUGUAUUAUUUAUAGAGAAUAUUUCAUUUAAGAUUUUUUUAAAGCCUUUUUUUGUUACUUUUUAAGAAAAGACUUUGAAAAUACAAUUUCUGUGCAUCAAAGAUAAUAAAACAUAGAUUCUGAACUCUUUAAUUUAUUAUUUUUUUAAAGACUGCAAAUAAGGACUUGUAACUUUUUGCAGAUGCUGAGAGGAUGGACAGGCCUCAAGUAUGAUUGAGAAAUAAUACUGGUGAUUAGAAAAAUGAGAACCGUUACGGAUCGGCCUCCCCAAUCACAAGCUGUUUGGUUAGGAACAAAUUGAGCUGCUGUUGCGGUGAAGGCUGAGGGAAGGGGAGGGUAGGAAGGGGAGGGUAGGAAGGGGAGGGUAGCAGCUGGCAGCCAAAACGCCUUCCGCUUCUACUACGCUUUGCUCUUUGUGAAAUGUGUAUAUUCCUCCAAACAGGCAGAAAAGGCAUCCUGGAAACAAAACAACUGCAAAUGAACAACCCAUGUUACUUACAACGGAAAUGAGUGUAUAGCGACUUGUAAAAAAAUAAUUAAUAAAAAUAAAAAAAUUAAAAAUGAAAACAAACACUAUCAAAUAAGGUUGCUGAACCUGAAGUGUUUAUCGGUCUUCGGAAUUAAAGCAAAUUUAAAGCUUGUAAAUACAUUAAAGAGAAAAACAGUAUUUAAAAAAACAA